ACUGUACAAAAAUUCUCACUCUCUGAACCGGCUCUAACCGGCGUUUUCUCACUUGUUUUUGUUUCGUUUGUUAAUUGUUAAAUUUACAUUUGUUUACAUUUUUCCCCCUCUUGUUCCACCUCAAAAGUGAAAUCCUUACUUCUGUUUCUAUAUUUUUCUCAAUUCUUUUGUGUGUUUAAAGAAAAAGUCUUUUUUCUGUUUCUAAAAAGAAAGUUUUUUCUUGUUUUCAAAAAGUAAAUAAACAUUGUUUUUGUCUCUUUUUUGUGUUUCGAAAAUUAUUGUCCGUGGACUAGAAAUAACAAGGAAAAAGAAAAAUGUCACAGCGGUCACAGCUUUCAAUGUCAAUGCGUGAUUGUAAGGGUGUUCGUAAGGAUAUUUUGUAUAAAGCACUCAAUUCAACGCAAUUACUUCAGGAAAAUGUUAAUAGAAACACGCCAAUUGAAUUGGAUAAUGUUAUGCACACGAUGGAAAUUGUUAAUCAACAAUUGUCCCUGGAUGAGAAAGUUGAAAAUCAAGAUGAAGUCGUUUUGGAUUCUGAAGUAAUGAGAUCGUCAUCGAGUGUAAUUCGACAAUGCACAAAUUCACUGAGAAAAGACUUUAAUUCAUACAACGUCAAUGAAUAUGCGGAAUUUUUUAUGGACUAUGUGCAAGAUCAAAUGAAUGAAUUAACAAGUCAAGGUGAAACGAUAAUGUGGUCGGCAAUUGAAUUUGAAAUAUUGCCAUUGUUCAAGAAAACGGCGUUUUUCUCAAAUUUAUCAGGCGCCUUGGAUCCAUUGCCAAAAAAGCAAAUUCAACGUAAAUUGACGCAACAAAAACGCGGACCCCUAGCGCAAGUGAAACGCCCCGAGAAGCAAAAAACAAUAAAUGAAAAUGAAACUGAGGAGGCAUCAAUGAUUGUGCAAAAAAUUCGCAAAUUAAUUGCACAGCAUUUUAAUGCAAAUCAAAGUUCACUCGAUUAUUUUCAAUUAAUUCUCAAUCCCCUUGAUUAUGGCAAGACAAUUGAGAAUAUUUUACACGUCGCAUUUCUUGUUCGCGAUGGAUACAUUAAAUUGUUCAGAGAUGAAAAUAAUGGAUCGUUGCAAGUUAUUUUGGCGUCGAAGGAAUUAUUGUCUCAGGCCAAAAGUUCGGGAAAGAAAAAAUCUAUACAGAAUAUUCUUUCAUUAACUCACGAUCAGUGGCAGAUUCUGUUGAACUUCUACAAUAUUCAAAGACCAAUGAUCGCAUUCUAAAGCCAAAAGGAAAAAGUUUGCUUCAUCUCAUUAAUUUCAUCGCAAUUGACAAAUUUUCUUCUACAAUUUUAAAUUACAUACCAUUAAGUAUUAGUUUAAAAGAAACAAAAACAGUAUUUAUUUUAUCAGUGUUAAAACUGUUGUGAAAUUUUAUCUUCUCUUUUGUUUUUAUUUCAAAAUGACUUCGUUUUUAUUU